ACGUCGCGGCACCACGUGUGCUCCGAAUUCAAUGUUUUCGUAUGACAUAUAUAUAUAUAUAUAUAUAUAUAUAUAAACGCUCAAUUUUUUUUAUUCCAAUUAUAGGCAGCCUCAAUGAUACGCGUCAUUUCAGUGAUUAUAUUUUCCGUAAGUGAUCGGACCUGAAGAAAGCGUGAGGGAAGUAGAGUGGUGAUCAGACGCUUACUUUCAGUAGUAGUGUGUGUGAUAUAGUGCGUCGAGCAACACGGUGUCACGGAGAGGAUCUAUCAGUAAUCUACGAUUGCAUAAGCAUGAGGAUUCUUCCACGACAAAAUGGGACUGCAAUAUAAAUAUCCUGCGUAACGCACGCCGAUAACUUUCAAUGUAAAGGCGUGCAAAACGAGAGCCAGCACCAAUACACAAUCCGUAAUUAGUGGGAAACGAACAUCAGCUUUAACGGGACUAUUGUUCGUUCGCUAAAGUGACGUUGAGAUGUAACAAUAGCGUGCAUCGUGUACGCGUCGUGCGCAAAGUGCAAACGUACAAUGACUAAAAGAGGCACAAUCAACCCAGCAACACAAGCACAAUACGGUACCCGCGGCGGUGAAAUCCGUGAGUGUCGGCGCGAGAAACGAUGAACGAAUCGGGACGAGCCGGGAACGAAGCGGCGCGAUAAUAAUAAUAUGUGGACGACGCGGCCGCGGACCAGACGAAAGUGGCGACAAACGUCGACCCCGUCGUGCAGAGAACGUGACAAUCGGCGGAAUUGCCGUCGGGACAGUUUCCGCAUCAUCUACUCGGUGAUAUUGGCGGCCUGUAUGGCGACGCAGGAAGCGAGGUGCGCCAAGUGUCCGCCACCAGACACAAUACCCGGCUGCCCGUGUUACAACUUCGAGAACGGCGGUCUGUUUCUGGAGUGCGCAGGUGCUACCGAGGAGUCCCUCAGGAACGCUUUGUCCGGCGUGAUACAUGCCGCCGGCGAGGAAGGAGCGCUCGUUCAAUCAUUGAGCGUGUACGAAUUGGAUCGAAAAGUGGAGGAAUUACGAUCCGCCGCUUUCCCUGCGGGCUCGCAAAUUAGGCAUUUGCAAAUAUCGCAUUCCGCGAUCCGGGAAAUAAGCGAGGAUGCUUUCCAGCGACUGAGCAAAAGCCUGGAAUCCUUGGCACUUGUAUCCGGCCGACUACCUCACGUACCUCAAAAGGCUAUGGCCACGUUGAGCCUACUCAAAGCGUUGGAUCUGGAAGCUAACCUCGUUUACGAGCUGCCUAGCUUCAGUUUCUACGGGCUCUCGUUAAUUAAACUAAACCUAAAGGGUAAUCAAAUCAUGAAAAUUUCGGAAUACGCCUUUGCCGGUCUCGAGAGCACUUUAAAGGAUUUAGAUCUGGCGGAGAACAAGAUCAGAGUGUUCCCCAUGACUUCCUUAAGAAGAUUAGAGCAUCUCACGUCCUUGAGGCUCGCAUGGAACGAGGUAUCUCAACUCCCGGAGGACGGCUAUUCCAGGCUAACCGCCUUAAACUUCCUCGAUCUCAGCAGCAACAAUUUCAAGGACAUUCCGCUCAAUUGCUUUCGCUGCUGUCCGUCCUUAAAGACUCUCUCCCUUUACUACAACGCGGUCGAGUCUGUCGACAAGGAUGCCUUUAUAUCGUUAAUCGAUCUCGAGUCGAUAGAUCUCAGCCACAACAAGAUCGUGUUUCUUGACGUGGCCACCUUCCGUGCCAAUCAAAAGCUAAGGUCGAUCGAUCUCAGCCAUAAUCACAUACACUACAUCCGGGGCGUGUUCUCAAGGCUGCCCGAGCUGAAGGAGCUCUUCCUCGCGGAGAACAACAUUCUCGAGAUCCCAGCAGAGACGUUCGCCGGUAGCACGAGUCUCUCGGUCGUUUAUCUCCAGCAGAAUGCCAUCAGAAGGAUCGACGCGCGUGGUCUGGUGACGCUCGGUCAAUUGGCGCAGCUACAUCUAAGCGGAAAUUACAUCGAGAAAGUGCCACGUGACUUCCUCGAGCACUGCGAGAAUCUGUCGACGCUCUCGUUGGACGGCAACAAUAUUCGCGAGCUCGAGGUAGGUACGUUCGCCAAAGCGAAGCAACUGCGCGAGUUACGGCUGCAGGAUAAUCAGAUUACCGAGGUAAAGCGCGGCGUGUUCGCGCCGUUACCUUCGCUACUCGAACUCCAUUUACAAAACAACGCCAUCACGGACAUGGAGACCGGCGCCCUGAGAUCCUUGCACAGUCUGCAGCACGUAAAUCUGCAGGGUAAUCUCCUGGCAGUGCUCGGCGACGUGUUUCAAGUGUCAAAUGACCUCGGUCAGAGCGAAAACAGCGGUAGCUCCUUGGUUUCCAUUCAACUGGACAACAAUGGACUCGGCGUUUUGCACAAUGACUCGUUACGCGGCCAGGCCUCGGUCAGGAUCAUGUGGCUCGGACACAAUAGGCUGACGCGUCUUCAAGCUCCAUUAUUCCGGGACCUGUUGCUGGUCGAGCGCUUGUAUCUUACGAACAAUUCCAUCUCGCGGAUCGAGGAUACCGCCUUCAAGCCGAUGCAGGCUCUCAAGUUCCUCGAACUCAGUAUGAAUCGGCUGAGUCACGUGACUGCCAAAACAUUCUCGGAGCUACACGAACUCGAGGAGCUCUAUCUGCAAGACAACGGUCUACGUCGCCUGGAUCCUUACUCCUUGACGGCCCUUAAAAGAUUGCGCGUCCUCGACCUGGCUAACAAUCACCUGAACGUGCUGCACGAUAAGAUCUUCCAGGAGGGGCUACCGAUCAGAACGCUCAAUUUGAAGAACUGCACCGUCAGUGUGAUCGAGAGCGGUGCCUUUCGCGGAUUGAACAAUCUCUACGAGUUGAAUCUCGAACACAAUCAUUUCACUGCCACGGCGUUAGAUCGCCUAGAUAUACCAGGAUUAAGAGUUCUAAGAAUCUCGUAUAACAAUUUCAGUCAGAUCAACGCGAAUUCCUUGGACGGUUUACCGUCCCUUCAGCAUCUAGCGAUGGAGUCGUCGCAGAUAUACAGAAUAUCAGCCGAGAUAUUCUCGAAGAACAAGAAUCUAGGAAAGCUAUUGCUCAGCAACAAUCUACUCAGGGUACUGCCAGCGACAUUAUUCUUGGGCUUGGAAGCGCUCAAGGAGAUCAAGCUCGACGGCAACAGGUUCCAGGAAAUACCGUACGACGUAUUUGCGAACGCCACCACGGUAGAAUUUCUCUCUCUCGCCAACAACGUUCUUCUUCAUGUGGAUAUGUCGCGGCUGAACGGAUUGAUCAGUCUACGCGAGCUCGAUCUACGCGGUAACUAUAUCAAGUCUCUCAACGGCUUCGCCGCUGUCAAUUUCUCUCGCUUAAUAUCCGUGGACCUGAGCCAUAAUCACUUAACGGCUCUUCCGGCAAAUUUCUUCGCGCGUUCGAAUAUGCUGCGGAAAAUCGAGUUGGCGGCUAAUAAGUUUCGGCAAAUACCCGCCGUAGCGCUCACGGCGCAAAAUAUACCCGGUCUAGCCUGGCUGAACGUCACGGCUAAUCCUCUUGUGAGAAUACACGAGAUCAGCUCGGAGGCGAAGUAUCCGGCUUUACAGGAAAUUCAUAUCUCCGGGACAAAUUUAACUAUAGUUACCAGCCAGGACUUUGAGGCAUUUCCCGCUUUGAUGCAUCUCUUCAUGGGUAGCAAUAUGAUAUCCAGGGUAUCGCCUAGCGCAUUUCGAAAUCUUCCGAAUCUACUAACAUUGGAUCUUAGUGUUAACAAGCUGGAGCUACUACCGCAGGAAAGACUGAAAGGACUGGAACACCUCAGACUGCUGAAUCUCACGCACAACCAUUUGAAAGAGCUCGAGGACUUCCCGCCUGACCUGAAGGCUUUGCAAGUGCUCGAUCUCUCGUACAAUCAGAUAAGCGGAGUGGGAAGGAGCACGUUUCAACAUCUGGAGAGUCUGGCCGAGCUGCACCUCUAUGGAAACUGGAUAUCGUCGAUCUCCCCGGACGCGUUCAAGCCGCUGAAAAAGCUCAGGAUUUUAGAUCUAAGUAGGAACUACUUAGCGAACUUACCGCUGAAUGCCUUUCGACCUCUCGAAACGCAAAUACGGAGUUUGCGGGCCGAGGAAAAUCCACUGCAUUGCGACUGCGACUCCCAGGAGCUCUGGGAAUGGCUGCGCGAUCACCAGAAGCUGGUCGGCGGCAGGAUGAGCCGGAAUCGCGGUGGCGAACUGAGGAUGAACGACGUGGACACCGGCCUGUUGAGAUGCGAGCAGCCGCCGGAGCUGCGCGGACUCGUAUUCCUGGAUCUGGACCCACGCGCCUUCUGCACCGCGCCUUUAAUAUUAAAAUUGGCGAUCCAGGACAUCCAGCCCUUCUCCGUGCUGGUGUCGUGGCAGAGCAGGAAUCACUCCGGCUUGCGCGGCUAUCAGGUGGCCUAUCACGCCCUGGACAACGUUGACGAGGUACGUGCCAAAAUUCUCGAGCCCAGCGCGCGCUCGGUGAAACUGUCGAAGCUGUCGUCGAACACUCGUUACCUGAUCUGCGUGUUCGGUCUCGGUAAUUGGAUGGCGUCCCGAACGGAGGACGGCCCGAUCGAGCAGCUGAAUUUCACGCAGAUCGAGAUACUCGCGUCGACGCCGAGCCCGCAGAUGAAGGACUCCACGACCAGCCGGUGCACCGAGGUGAAGACCCUGGACGCGCCGGACGCGAUAAUUAGCAGCGACGGCUCGGCGAUGGGCGACGUAGGUAGCGUUAGCAGCUUCCUCACGAGGCGGCUCGGCCUGAUAGUCGGCUGCUGCAUGGGCUUCGUCGUCUUCCUCCUAUUAGUGUCCGUGCUGGGCUAUCUCAAAGUGAAGAAGCAACGAGAGGCGGUUAAGAGGGAGCAACAGCCGAUCCCGCCCGAGUACAUAUCCUAUCGGCACUUCAGCAUACAGAGCGGCGAGGCCGGCCACGCGGCCGCAAGGCAGACCAGCCAGGACGGCCAGCAUCCGAACUUCAUCAGCAAUACCACGUUGAACGUAUGAGAAAAGUCGCGGAACUCCCGACUCGUGGAGGUUUCGAACGUGUGAGAGAGCGGAAUCGAAUUUGGAUUCCGCGCGUGUUUCCCCGGUUCGAAGGGCUCCCCGACUCGCGGAAGUUUCGAGUUUACGCGCCAAAUGAUCUCAAACUGUCCGUGCCGAAUUUUCGACACGACGACGCCAGACUGUUUUACGAAUUUCAGAAACUGUUCGCGGAUUUAGCGGACGUUGUGCGCUCAAGUGAUACCGCACCGAGAGGAUGCGCAGGACGGUAGGAACGCGUUUCCCUUCCUCCGACCCUCUUCUCACCAUCCCUCGACUCCUCCCCAGGCCGUUUUAUUCCCGAGAAACAUUAUUACCUGACAAAAUGAAGUUAACGGCAACGAAGAGAGUUGAAGCAGCGAAUUCAGCAGUAGUGAAUGAGCGUGUGCGUGAGAAUGCGCGCGCGAAUGGGAUCUUUAUUAAGUAAACGGAGCGUUUUAUAAAACGAUUUUCUACGAGUUCGAGUUUCGUUUCCAAGUAGCUUUAAUCAUUUCAGAGUCGAGAGACGUCAUAUUGGACGAGCGCGCGCAAUCGGACGGAUGAAAUGUCUCGUGAGUGUUGUAUAUCAAACAGGAAAUUGAUUUUGAUAAUGUCGCAAGCGGCACGAGCACGAGUUUUCUAUAUCUUCUCUCGUAUAUGCUCUUAAAAAAAAUCUUGUAAGUUUUGAACAAGACGAGAUGCAUUAGAGUACCCCUCUCCUCGUCGUAUAUCGAAAAUUUAAUUACAAUAGCUCAGUCGAACACUAUCUCGAAAAUUCCGCUUUGGAAAAUUUCCAAUUGGUAUUUUCAAAAUAAUACGCGUAUAGAAUGUCAAAAUCAAUAUACCGCGAUCUCUGAUGCAUCAAAGCUGCGAGAUGCAUAAAAAGAAUAUAUACAUAAAGUAUAUCGAUGUCAAAUAAAUACAAGAGACUGUCUCUCGGAUACAAAGAGACGAAUAUCAUUUUUAUCUAGCGAAAAAUCGGUCCAAUUCACGAACGAUGAACAAGUACAGUCGAAAGAGGAAACCCACCCUCUCACGCGUCUUUUGUAAAAUAAUGCUCCGUCUUUUUCAAGAAAUAUGAAAUUUUCAAGAGUGUGUAUGCGAAGCGCGCACGAUUUCGCGUGCUCCCGAAACGAUGCGACGAUGUAAAACGAUAGGUAGGUAGAUUUUCCGUUUUCGUGUAUAUACAUAUACGUGCGUGCGUGCGCGCGCGCAACGCGCAUUUGCCGAACGAUUUACGACUAAACACUAGCGUUAUUACACAUCGUCCAGUCGCCGGAUGGAGAUCGGAACCGGUCGUGCGAGGGACGCGAACUGACUAUUGUGUUUUCUUAAUGGCUCGGCAAACCGCGCGUCGAUCUCGCGAAAUGGCCAGGCCAUUUCGCGAUAAACGCUCGCGAUGACGGUACCAUCAAUUUCCGAUUUCUGGGCUGGCGCGAAACGUCAGGAAGACGGGAUGGAAAAAAUUGCUCACCUCUAUACGCAUACAUGUACGUGCGCGAUCUCGAUUUUGCGCGCUCCAGAUUCUUCAGCGAUGAGAGAGGGUAAAACGAAAAAAGGAGAAAAAGAAAAUGUAAAUUUUUUUUUUCAACAAAAUAUUUUCAACCCCUGCGGUGUGUUAGCAUUUCAGCGCACAGUGUGAACCCUUUAGUUGCAGCGGAUUUCGUUUAAAAUUAUACGAUCCUUUUAUAACUAAUUAUUCGCGAUAUGUAAAUGAAUUCUUGGUAUUUUCAACGCGGAGAUAAGAAAUUCAGUUAAAAAUACGAAGAGAGAGAUACGUAUUUUGUUAAUGUGUCCGUAGAAUAUUAAGACAAAAUAGGUAAGGUAUAAAAUUAUACAUCGAGAUUGUACCGAGAUUAUACGAACUUUUACCUUUUACCUUCUGGGUCAAAACUUUUGUCCCCAAAUGUCUAAUUAUCGCUGAAGAAUUAUCGGCAAUUUCGACGAAAGGUGACGGUCCGUUUUGACGAGGAUAUCGUUUAAAAAUCUAUAAAUAUACAUGACGAAAUACGUGACGAUUGUAUAUAUAGAUAAAUACGUAUCGGAAAACUAUGUAUAUUCUGUGGUUCAAGGAUGUCACGGAUUUAUUAUCGUGAAAAUUCUGAUGAUCUCUUAAAUAGCGAGAAACAAUAGUAGUUGAAUUAGCAUCGGCGCGACGAUUUUUUCCCCGAUUUUUUCCAAGGAGCCCCGGAAAACGAGACGGGUCCAUCAGAAUCUUUUAUCACUGUGUAUCGAUAGCGACGGACGAUAUGACGCAAGUUUCGCAUUAGCGAUGAAUGACGCGCGGAUGGAGUAUUUUUUCCCUUUUUCCGGAAUUCGAUGUAUAGACUGACACACAGAUUGAUACUCGCUCGAUAUCGCCAAUAACCGAUGCCGAUCAUUGAUAUCGCAAUUUCGCGACAAAAUAUCGCGCUCACCGCAGAGGAAUUUUUAAUUCGAACUCGCGAGAGAGUUGGACGGAAUUCAACAUGACGCGUUCACAAUUCGACAGGGACGACGUGAUUAUCGAGGCAAUGCAAUAUCCAGCGAGCUCGUUAGGAAAAAUCGUUACGAAACAACGAGCUGCGGAAAACGCGCAGCUCGACGUGUCCGAUGUGAUCGUUCAUUAUCGCAUUACCGGAUCGCAUUCGCGGACGGCUCUGAGAAAAGGGGCUCCGGCCAAAGCAAAAGAAAGGAAAAGCAAAGGAAAGGAAAAGAAAAAAUCCACGAGAACGAGAGAUCUUUCGAAUCGCGGUGCGAGGUCUAUGUGUAUGCGUUGUCGUUACACACUGUGUACUGUAACAUAUACGUACGUCACUGUAAUAAAAAUGCAAAUUCUUUUGUAA